UUCAAUAUCACUGUUACUGACUUGUGCGCAAAGGAGAUCAACCAUCAAAAGACAAACUUAAAGUCCGAUGACACCAAGUUGAGAGUGAUGGUGGACACUGGCGGUUGCAGUGGAUUCCAAUAUAUAUUCAAAUUCGACACUAAGCCUUCACCAGAGGAUGAUGUUGUAUUCACAAAGGACAAUGCAGAGAUUAUAAUCGAUAAGGUAUCACUGGAUAUGAUGAAUGGAUCAAUUAUAGACUAUGAAGUGGAGCGGAUGAGGAGCACAUUCGUCGUGUCACACAAUCCAAACACCAUCAAGUCAUGUGGUUGCAAGAUAUCAUUCGACUUGAAGAAG